CUAACCUAUCUAUCUGCCUUUCUCUCUCGCGCCGUCUCUCUUUAAAUAACGAAACUUCUUUUCCGUCAAAACUUUCCGUCAAAACUUUUCAGAGCGGAGAGAGCUGGAAGCGAACCCGAAAAAUCGCAAUGGUAAAAAUUGCAGUAAUCGGUGCCGGAGUCGUGGGUUUAUCUACAGCUCUUCAGGUCAAACAGAAUUUUCCGUUUUGUUCCGUGACUGUCGUAGCUGAGAAAUUCAACACAGAGACAACCAGUGAUGGUGCUGGGGGUCUCUUCCGACCGAAUUUCCUCACAUUGUCUGCGAAUCCUUUGGAAAGCAUCAAACAAUGGUCUCAAGAUACAUUCAGCCAUUUCAACAAUCUCUUCAAUUCUCCGGAGGCCAGCGAUUGUGGCAUAGCACUGAUGUCUGGUUUUCUGUUAAGCAACAAAGAGAAGCUUGACAUGAUUGAGGAUAUCAGCCUUGGUCAGAGCAAGAUGACUGCUGAGCAAAUAGCCAAGAUGGGCUUUGACUGCAAACAUGUGACCAAAGUGUUGACUUACACAAUGGAAUGCCGCAGAUAUAUGCCAUGGUUAACCUCAAAGUUCCUAUCACUGGGAGGCAGUAUGCACCAUCAUAGAUUGAAGAGUUUGGAAGAGCUCGUGGGAGUCUACGAUGUGGUUGUCAACUGUUCGGGCCUUGGAGCAAAGGACCUUGUACCUGAUCCCUUGGUGUACCCUGUGAAGGGCCAGCUGAUCCAAGUGGAAGCACCAUGGGUGAAGCAUUUCUAUUUCUUUGAAGACGACACAUAUGUUAUUCCAAACAUCAACCGUACAAGCCUCGGAGGGAUUCGCAUCAAGAACGACUACAGCACAGAGGUGGACCCUGAGAUCAGUAAAUCCAUCUGGCAGCGAUGUACCUCAAGGAUACCCAGUCUGCAGAAAGCUAAAGUCCUGUGGGAGUGGGCAGGCUUACGCCCACACAGGGACCCGAUCCGCAUUGAACAGGACGUCAUGAAUUUUCCAAAGGGCACACUAAAGGUUGUCCAUAAUUAUGGCCACGGUGCUAAUGGAGUGUCUUUAAGCUGGGGCACGGCCAAACACGCAACGAGACUUGUCAGACAGUUCCUCGAGAAUGACCCUGAGCUGCGUUCAAAACUUUGAUGACAAGAUGCUGCACUUUGAAGCCUGCCCGACCCAAGGUCGAUGAAGGA